AUGCCCCUUGCAGGGACUCCUGCUCCUCUUAAAAGGAAAAAGUCCACUAAACUCAUUGGGAAGCUGACCCAUGAAGCUAUGCCACAAGAGGUGUCCAAGCUGAACCUGGGGAAGAAGAUCAGCAUCCCCAGAGAUGUGAUGCUAGAAGAGCUUUCUCUCCUCACCAACAAAGGAUCCAAGAUGUUCAAAUUACGUCAGCUAAGAGUGGAGAAGUUCAUUUAUGAGAAUAACCCUGAUGCCUUCACUGACAAUUCCGUGGAUCACUUCCAGAAGUUCAUCCCGCCGGGAGGGAGCUAUGGGGAGGACGCUCACGGCCAUGGCCACGGGCGGAUGGCGGGAGGAGCGGCGGCGGGGCAGCACGGCUCCAGCACGCAGCAGCAGCCCGGGGCCCCUCCCAGGCCUGCGAGCAGAGCAGGCGCCAGGGAUGGUGAAGGGGAGCAUGCAGGGAAAUCAUCUGGGAGUGCUGGGGAAGGAGGCGAUGGUACUGACAAAGAUGGGAAGUCAGGAGGCAAAAAAGUGACUAUAUUUAAAACUUAUAUUUCCCCUUGGGAACGAGCGAUGGGUAUCAGCCCUGAGGACAAAAGCCAGUUCUCCACGGACUUGCUGUCGUACAGCCCCAAAGCUGAUUUCCCCCACUACAAGUCUUUCAACCGGACUGCCAUGCCUUAUGGGGGUUUUGAAAAAGCAGCCAAACGGAUGACCUUCAAAGUGCCUCAGUUUGAUAUCUGCCCUUUGCUCCCAGAAUCUCUCAUGAUAUAUAAUCAAAAUUUCAGCAAAAGACCCUCCUUCAACAGAACCCCGAUACCUUGGAUGCCUUCAGGAGACUUCUCAGAGUACCAGACUGCAGUCAAUGUGCCAAUGAGUGGUGAAACAGAGGAGUUGUAA